CAUCAAUAUAAACAUAACCACAAACCGCAUCAACGUGUAUCAUUGCAAUAAACAUGUUCGAUCUUUCUUUUAAGUACUGAACGUGACUAUUUUAAAGAAGAAAUUAGGUUAACAAUCCAAAGAUGCGUUGUGCGAAGAAAAUAUAUCGGAGGCGAAAAGAAAAGGAGAGAGCUUUAUACGUUCGUUUGCCGCACGUGAUACGAGAAGAAGAAGAUGUGGCUAAGUUAUUCACCGGUGACUUCAAAGUAAAUCUUCCUCGACAGUCUAGUAGACAUUGCUAUGUGAUAUUUGCGGAUACCGAGGACCAAUUGAAAAACUUAAAAGCUGUGAAGAACACACGGAUUGAUGGUAAACGUGUGAUUGUAGCACCUGCGAUUAUAAAGCCCAAAAACAAUAAGCCAAAAGGAUUUAAAAAGAAGGUUGUUAUACCUCCAGUAAAGGAAGAUCCAAGAGUGACAAAGACACUAUUUGUGGCAAAUAUCAAAUGUGGAACCAAAACCCAAGACCUAAAGGGAGCUAUUCCUGGAUGUGUGUCCAUUAGAUUGUUAAAACCAUAUUCACAAAAGUGCAGGGGUGCAAUGGUUAAAAUGGAAAGUGCUCAGGUAGCAUCAGAAUAUUUGUCAAAGAUAAGAGACUGGCCAGUUGUCGAAGGACACAAAUUAAGAUUAAACCCAGAUACUAGAAGAAGAAUAAGAAAUCGAAAAUCUAAUGCUCCAUUAAAAAUUUAUGACGGAGAAACAGAAAUACCAAAAGAACCGAGUAAAAGAGGAAAAAGUGAAGUUUUAGAUCAUAUUGUACUUGAAAAUAAAGUGUAA